AUGAAGCAAACUUCUACUCUCUUCUUGGGCUUCACGGCCCUUAUUUCCUGUCUUGGUGCCGCUGCUGCCUUGACUCCCGUGAGCAGAACUGCUGUUCCUGUGAGUCUGAGUCAGGCGCUCAGCAUCGAUGUCGCCCAGGUCCCUGCCUGCGCUAGCCUUCCUGCCGAGUGCGAUGGCAACCCCCAGUGUAUUUGCAGCCAUCCUGAGUUCAUGAACGAGAUUGCCUGCUGCGUCGCUUCCUCAUGCUCCUCUGGAGAUCUGCUCCUUACACAGCAGUUCUCAGGACAGCUUUGCGGAAUCGUCGGCGAGUCUCUGCCAUCUUCACCCACUUGUACCAGUACCGUCAAGCCUGUUGCAAACCCUGGUUGGGCCUCCGUAGGCUGUUACAGCGAGGCCACCAACUACAACCGUGCCUUGAACUCAACCUACUACAUCGACACGAACAGCAUGACCCCUGCUGCAUGUCAAUCGUUCUGUAAGGCCCGUGGAUUAAAGUUUGCUGGUAUCAUCAACGGAGCCAAGAAGCUGCCCAACGACGCUCAAUGCAACAGACCCUGCAGUGGAGACAACACCAAGAUGUGCGGUGGAUCUGGCACCCUCAACAUUUACAAGUCUCCCUCCGCUUGA